AACAAAAACAAAGCAAGGUUAAAAAGUGAAGGAUAUUGUUACUUUUAUGCAUGGUUGUUAUUAUGCGGAGAAGAUCUCUUUCGAGCAGCUAAACUUUAAACCUUAAACAUCAAAGCUCUCUAUCAAGAAUUGUUCCAAGUGUCAUAUUGCAUUGACUCCUUAUAGCUAAAGUGACCUCACUGUUUACUUUUUAAUCUCUGAUUUUCCACUCCAACAAAAUAGAAUCUUUGCAGGUGAUACUAAUAAACACCCAACACCCGAAAGAAAAAAAAAAAGUGUAAAAGCAUCAAUUAAAAUGCAUUCCUAUGCUAUGGUCCAGAACAGACGAUAUUCAUGCUGCCAGCAUCAAAUACAGAGACAAGCCAGUUAAACCAGAUUACAAACCAGCAUGUAAUAAAUAGUUUAAACUGAACAUAACCAUUUUACCUCUAAUCCUGAGCUAACCUUAAAUAUCUAUAGUCCAGAUGGGUCCAACAAUAGAUGACCACUAGGGUUGCAGGAAGAGGAAUCCAAUAGUCUACAUCGACAAAGGAUGUCACCAUUUAUUAGGAUCUUUGUCCGUUUCUAGAGGAGAUAUAUUAUAAAGUUAGAUGAGAAGACCAUGCGUAAAUUAUGAUUUUCCAGCUCGUCUUCAUUGUACUAUAUGUCUACAGUUGCACUGGUCAAUAAGGAUCAUCUUAAUUACCUAGAAGGACAUCAAUGUUCCAAACAAAAGGGUCCCCAGUUUCAAUAAGAAAUUCGAAUUAAAAGUCAAAUAUUAAAGCGGAAGUACAAUAUACAGCUCCAAUUUUGUACCAACUAUUAAGUGCACCAGAAGAAACCAAAGCAGUUAGCAGAAUUUUUUCACUUGUAUAAUUUCAAACUAAACCCCAUUACUCUAUUCUUCUUUUUUGGGGAGCAAACACAUCACGUAAUCAUGUACUUAUUCCACCAGAGAAGCAUACAAGGACACAGUGGUCCAUCUCCCGACUUUUCUCCCCUUUUUAAACACUUCAAAAAAUUCAUUAUUCCAACCACAAGCCCAUCCCUCAACAUUACUAAGUCCUAACCAGACUUUCACUACCAUUUCAUAAGAAUACAACUUUAAAGCUUUACCAGAAAAUGGAGGGUCAGCGAACACAACGACGGGGUUACUUGAAAGACAAGGUUACAGUCUCCAACCUUGAUGAAGAAGAAAUGGAGAAUGGUACGGAUGGAGAAGAGGAAGAUGGGGGAGUUGAAGACAAAAGGAAGCGUGUGAUGGAGAGAGUUAGAGUACCUAGCACCGACCGUCUUCCAUCUCGACUGUGCCAGGUCGAUAGGUGCACUGCCAAUUUGACUGAGGCCAAGCAGUAUUACCGCAGACACAGAGUUUGUGAAGUUCAUGCAAAGGCAUCUGCUGCAACUGUUACAGGCGUCAGGCAACGCUUUUGUCAGCAAUGCAGCAGGUUUCAUGAGCUGCCAGAGUUUGAUGAAGCUAAAAGAAGUUGCAGGAGGCGCUUAGCUGGACACAAUGAGAGGAGGAGGAAGAUUUCUGGUGACAUAUAUGGAGAAGGGUCAGGCCGGAGAGGGUUUAGUAGCCAACUGGUCCAGACUCAAGAAAGAAACAGGAUAGAGAUGAAACUUCCUAUGACCAACUCAUCAUUCAAGCGAUCACAGAUCAGAUAAACGCUCCCUCUCUUCUGUCAUCUACAUAUGCUCUAUUCUGUUAUCCAAAUAAUGACAUCUAACCGUGUCAAGAAAAGCGAGUCAAUGGUAUCGAAUCCUACACCAAUAUAUAACUACAUCCCUCUGGUUCCCGCUAUGUUGUCCUGUAAUGGAUGUCUAUCAGCAAAUCUAAAAGACCUAGGCAUACUCAUGCGUCUAAUAAUGUUUAGUGAUCGUGUUUCAUGUAUGUUUGAAGAUACGAUUAUGAUAUGUUUUUUACUCUCAAACUCUUCACUUGAUCAUUUAUAUGAGUAAGGCUAAUUGAAAAGGUCAAAAUGAGAGAA